GGGUCAGUCAGUGACGCAGCAGCGAACGACGAUAGACGAUAGUUAAACGUCGCGGUCGAUCGGAGGUCGCUCGUGAGACGCAGAACGACGGUCGGUGUUAUUCUUAUCGUCGUCAUCUGUGUCUCAGACUCUGCAAGUCGCUUGUAACGCGAUGAUGAUCGUUCCCUGAUACGCAUCACAUAUCCGAACGUAUCGUGAAUCGUCGAAAAACGAGGUUAAGUGCGCAUCGAGCGAGAAAAAUCGGGCAACUCCGGGCAUAACGCGCGCGCAAGUAACAUCACGGAGCAACACAAAGAACGUUGUUUGCGAUGCACAAUAGGACUAGUGUAACAACGAUAGCGUGCCGUCGGAGGACAUUGACGGGCGCGAUGGUGACGCACGGUGUUCUCUGGCUACUGUUGACCUUGUUCAGUCUUACAAAUCCGGUUUCUGCUGACGAUGGCGAUCAUUGUGUGUGGUACGGGGAGUGUUACAUGGACUUUCACAAGAAGAACUGUCCGUACGAUGGACCGGCGAAGUUGCUGGAGCCCGAAGGACAGAAAUUGCUGGCCAAGCAUUGUCCGCACUUGCUGGUGGACAACGGCAAAGGAAUUAACACCUGCUGCGACGUGAAGCAGCUUGUGACGUUAGACUCGAACAUCAAUAUCGCGUCGAACUUUCUCAAGAGAUGCCCUAGCUGCUUAGAUAAUUUAGUGAAGCAUAUUUGUGAUUUCACAUGCGCUGUUAACCAAAGCAAAUUUAUGAAUAUUACGGAGAAAGCCCGAGCGAACGAUGUAGAAUACAUUAACGGGGUGGACGUGUACAUAACGAACAAGUAUCUCGAGGGAACGUUUAACUCGUGCAACAAGGUAUCUUUACCGAGCACCGGAUUACUAGCGUUGGAUUUGAUGUGCGGUGAUUGGGGAGCGAGUAGAUGCACUGCGCUCAAGUGGUUCCAUUUUAUGGGCGAUGCGGCGAACAACGCCUAUGUGCCGUUCCAAAUUACGUAUGUGAACACAGACGGACCCGUUAAUUCGUUCGAACCGCUGGACCCACAGGUCACACCAUGUAACAAAGCACUAAACAAAAAUACUCCAGCAUGCAGCUGCGUCGAUUGCGAACAGAGUUGCCCGGUACCACCACCGGCGCCUCCAUUGCCACAACCGUUCUCGAUAUUCGGAUACGAUGGCUACGAAGUUACGAUGACUAUUAUCUUCGUAUGUGGGACCUGUCUUUUCCUCUUGUUAGUGAUGUGUUUCAGUCAGAGGAAGCGUAUAGUUGCACGAGGGGAGGAAGUAGGAAGACAGGUGGGUAGACGGCUAGCUGCCGGAUUACACCACCCAGGAGAUGGUGCUCGUAUUGCCCUCGCCGCUGACCAGGAAGACAGCCCACUUCAGUCUAAGCGUUCUAGUGUUAUAUCUACGGAUGAUAUACCGAGUGGAUUUGACGAAGAACGAUCCACUUUCAUCGAAAAACUUGGCGCAGGAACGGACAAACUAUUGCAAGAAUUCUUCUGCAAAUGGGGAACAGUCUGCGCUUCUCGUCCUUGGGCGAUACUUUUCCUUGGCUUCCUAUUGAUUGUCGGCCUGGGACACGGCAUUAAAUACAUUAAAGUGACUACAGAUCCUGUGGAAUUGUGGGCGUCACCGCAUUCUCGGUCACGUGUCGAAAGAGAAUAUUUCGACCAACACUUUGAGCCUUUCUAUCGAAAUGAACAAAUUAUCAUAACUUCUGUUGGUUUGCCAGAUAUUGUACAUAACACGACCAAUGGUCCUAUUGUCUUUGGUCCAGUGUUCAAUGACACUUUCCUGAAAACGAUAUAUGAAUUGCAAGAAGGAAUUAAAAAUAUAGUUACACCUAAUAACUACACAUUAGCCGACAUAUGCUUUGCGCCUCUAAGUGGGCCAUUUACCGGUCCAACGACGAUAUCGCAGUGCACUAUCCAGAGUAUUUGGGGUUAUUGGCAAGAUAGUUUAUCGACGUUCGAAGAAGAACACGAGGAGGGCAACUUUACGGUCAACUAUCUGGACCACUUCCGAGCUUGCUCACAGAAUGCUUAUAAUCCUGCUUGUCUCGCUCUUUACGGCGGCCCAGUGGAACCAGCGAUCGCUGUGGGCGGAUUCUUGGCUCCGGGUCAAGAUCUUUAUAAUCCACCGUAUGAAAAGGCCACCGCCAUCAUUAUCACCUUUCUCGUCAACAAUUAUCAUAAUAAAGGCAAAUUGCUGCCCGCCAUGGAGUGGGAAGAGAGCUUCAUCCAAUUCAUGAAGAACUGGACAGCAACGAAGAAGCCAGCAUUCAUGGAUAUUGCGUUUACGUCUGAGCGCUCGAUCGAGGACGAGCUGAAUCGCGAGUCCCAGUCUGAUAUUCUAACGAUUUUGGUGUCUUACGUUAUCAUGUUCGCAUACAUCGCGAUUUCACUCGGCCAGAUUCGAACCUGCGGUCGCCUUUUGCAUGACUCCAAAAUCACUCUGGGCCUCGGAGGUGUGCUCAUUGUGUUGGCGUCUGUAAUUUGCUCGGUUGGGUUGUUUGGUUUCAUCGGUGUACCGGCUACGCUUAUCAUCAUUGAAGUUAUCCCCUUUUUGGUCUUGGCGGUUGGAGUGGACAACAUCUUUAUCCUCGUUCAAACUCAUCAGAGGGAAAGCAGACGUCCGAACGAGUCGAUACCGGAACACAUCGGUCGUACGUUGGGUCAGGUUGGACCCAGCAUGUUACUCACUAGUGUAUCGGAAAGCUGCUGCUUCUUCCUCGGUAGUCUGUCCGAUAUGCCUGCCGUGAGAGCGUUUGCUCUCUAUGCUGGAAUGGCAUUGUUAGUAGACUUCAUAUUGCAAAUUACGUGCUUCGUCAGUCUCUUGGCGCUUGAUACGAUUCGACAAGCGAAUAACAGAUUAGACGUCUGCUGCUUCAUCCGUGGUUCCAAGAAAGAUAACGGGGAAGAAGUGGUAGACGGGAUGUUAUACAAAAUCUUCAAAGUCGCGUACGUCCCGUUAUUGUUGAAGAAGUGGGUUCGCGUGGUCGUGAUGAUCAUAUUCUUUGGCUGGCUGUGCAGCAGUAUCGCCGUGGUACCGCACAUCGAAAUUGGCCUAGAUCAAGAACUCUCUAUGCCCGAGGAUAGUUAUGUACUCAAGUAUUUCCAGUUCUUAAACAGUUACUUGUCGAUCGGGCCGCCGAUGUAUUUUGUCAUUAAGGAUGGCCUAAAUUAUUCAGACAUGAAAACUCAAAAUUUAAUCUGCGGUGGACAAUACUGCAACAACGAUUCAGUUUCGACGCAGGUCUUCAUCGCGUCCAAACAGCCAAACAGAACCUAUAUAGCCAAGCCUGCUUCGUCAUGGAUGGACGAUUAUAUCGAUUGGUCGGGUUUGUCCAAUUGCUGCAAAUAUUUCUCCGGGAACAAUUCCUUCUGUCCACACUCUGAUUUCAACUGUCCCUCUUGUAACAUCACGCUAAACAAGUACAAUAGACCGGUGCCUACCGACUUCAACAGGUAUGUGUCGUUCUUCCUACAAGACAAUCCCGACGACAGAUGCGCAAAAGCUGGCCAUGCAGCUUACGGGCAUGCUGUGAAUUACGUUACGGAUCCUCAAACUGGAAUGUCGACGGUGGGCGCUUCGUAUUUCAUGGCAUAUCAUACUAUCCUGAAGACAUCGGCGGAUUAUUACGAGUCCAUGAGAGCUGCCCGAGACGUGGCGGCGAACAUCACCGACAUGAUCAACUGCAACAUAAAAAGUCUUGGCCAAAACACCACGGUAGAGGUGUUCCCCUAUAGUGUUUUCUAUGUAUUCUAUGAACAGUAUCUGACCAUGUGGCCCGACACGCUACAAAGUAUCGGGAUCUCAUUGUUCGCUAUAUUCCUGGUUACCUUCUUGUUGAUGGGUCUGGACAUCUUCUCGUCGUUAGUUGUUCUAAUCACGAUCACGAUGAUCGUCGUAAAUAUCGGUGGCCUGAUGUACUGGUGGCAUAUAACUUUGAACGCGGUAUCUCUGGUGAAUCUCGUUAUGGCGGUCGGCAUAGCUGUCGAGUUUUGCAGUCAUCUAGUGCACUCCUUCUCGGUGUCUGUUCAAGCGACUAGAGUGGAUAGAGUUGCGGAUGCCUUGACGAACAUGGGAAGCUCUGUAUUCAGUGGUAUCACUCUAACAAAGUUUGGCGGCAUUAUAGUGCUCGGCUUCGCCAAGAGCCAGAUUUUCCAGGUAUUUUACUUCAGGAUGUAUCUAGGCAUUGUACUGUUCGGAGCAGCGCAUGGUCUCAUCUUUUUACCAGUAUUGCUAAGUUACAUAGGCGUGAUGUCGCGCCGAGGGCGUAGACAAGCCCGCGAGCUCACGAGCGGGUCCAGAAGUGAAACUAGGCGUCACCAAUGUGACGAGCCGGAUUCUCCUCUACUCCAAAACGACAACCGUCAACGCCCGACCACUUCCUACGCCAGUGUGAACUCCAUCGAUGUGACUGAUCACCGCGCUGUAUUGUUUUAAAGCCAAUAAAUUCAAUCGUCGGACUUUCACGUCGGACGCGAUUUUUUGUACUUAGAGAGACUGAAGAAGAAGAAGAAGAAGAAGAACAAGAAGAAGCGGAUCAUCUAUCAUAUAAGCGUCAAUAGCGUGUUUUUUAACUGUUUGACAUCGUGACUUAUGAAGUCACGGGAGAGCUACAACGAGCUCUCGGAUAUUCACCAAGAUACUAUAUAGAGAAAGUUUCCCAUGAAUUAUAUAUCUACCGAAUUCUAAAAGAGAUUACUGGUGAAAUAUGUCCAUCUUAGUUCAUACCUGGCAUAUUCUUUUUAGUGACAAAAUUCUUUCGUAUAGUUGUAUAGAUAUUCGUUGUCGAUAACGUAUUUAUUUUGGGUAAACUUGUUUUUUAAUAUGGCGUUAAUUAUAUUAGACUGCAUAUUGUCAAGUGAAUUGUCUGUCGUGAUCGUGUAUGAUCGAUCAUACGAUCGACUUUAGAUGGUAUAAUAAUUUAAUUAGGAUGAAUUCGUUUUUCUUACAGCUGUUUGUGAUUACGAUGUUCCGUAGAUCACGAUGUAUGUAACAAAACUCGUGUGACAGAUAUAAAAUGCAUUUUCCUCUUUUCAACGUGAGUGCAUUUUUUCACUAUGAGGCGAAUCCUUUUUUCUGAUAUUGAUAUCCGGUUAUUGUUCAUAAUUUUGAAUAUUUUGUGAACAUCGAGGUAUCGAUAGCUAGAAGGAAAAUACAAUAUCAAUACAGAUAUUCAUCCUUCGGAACUCUAUAAAAAAGUUCUUAUAUCGGAUGAUGCCUUUUUUAAUCACCUGUAGUAUGUUGUGCGUGACGCAUACUUGAAGUUUAUGCAACCAAAUUUAAUCGUUCGCACUUAUGCCGUCCAUAGGUAAAAUAUACUGAAAGGAAAAGAAAAAAAAUUAAGCGAUGAACGGACACGUAAGAAUUGUUGAUCGUGGCCAAUGAAAUAAACACGGUGAUCUAUCUGUAUAUUUGCUAAUGGGAAUGAUAUCUAUAUCAGGAUCCAGGCUUUCAAGUCUCACGUUAAAUUUUCAUCGCGGAAUGUAUAGGAGGUAUCAGUAUUGUCGAUUAGGUAUCAACAUACGUUGUGUCUUUAAGCUAAUAUAUUCUGCCGCAUUAAACAAGUACCAAAUUUGCGAUAUGUCAAGUAUUAAGUCGCGGCCAGGCAAUGAUAUGUGACUGAUCCACUAAUUGCUGAGAAAUUUUCGUGAAAUUCUGUUAUAAUUAUUUAAUUCGACUGAAAUGUAUAGAGUUAAGUAAUUACAAUAAAAAUUUCAUUUACGAUAAGUGAAAAUAUCAGAGGAACUAAAGGUAGACAUGCAUUGUUCCGAGUAAGAAAAUCGAAAUCUAAAAAGUGGGACAAUUUUUUGAAAAAUUAUAGUAUCGAUAUCCGGGAGUAUUGAGACAAUCUCAUUGCUGAAAUAUUAUAAAAUAUAUCUUUGGUUAUAUGUGUAUAUUAUUCUGUAUGUAGUAUUUGAAUUUUAUGUUCGGAUAUUGUAACAUCUCGGAAAUUAAUUCAUUUUUGAAUUUUGUAGUUCUGAUUUUCCGGGACAUACAUGCCUACCGAACUAAAUGCGAAUCUUUUUUCAUUCUGUCGAUUUUUGUCCAAUUGAUUGAUCGUGGCGCAUGUUUGCUACAUUAUGCUUGAAUAAUUGAAGCUACAUUUUGGUUGUUAUACUCAAAUCACGAGACACAGGUUUCGGUGAGUGUAUCUCUUUCUUGAAACGAAAAUUUGAUGAAUCACCAUGCAAAAUCAGAGAGCGAAAAUACGUCCCGCAUAACAGCAAGAAGCUUAUUUAUCGAUUUAAACUCACGCCCGAGUUUUACGAUCUGGCCCGAAAAAAAAACAUUUAGAUAAUAAGAUUUCUGUCAAACAGAACAGCGAUAGCUUGAUUACUAGUUUUCUCUGGUCGUAGUAGAAUUGUCUAUUUUUUAUUUUUUCAUACGUACUUCGUCGGUGUGAGUUUUCUCUGCGAGAGGUGCGACGCUUUCGUUCAACAUAUAUGACGAAUCUGUUAUCCGUAUAAUGCGGUUUUGAAUUUUCGGAUCAAAACUGAUUUCGAAUAUCCGGGUAAUCAGAUAUCCAGUUGUAGUGUGAGCGCGAUGAUAACAUGUACCGUGCACCGCUGAGUCACGUACAUCAGCACGUGUUCCUGUGAGAAAUCCUAAUGUAUGACAUCAUUGUUUGGGAGCCUUAGUAUAAUGAUAUGAAUGUCACAGUAACUCGAUAUUUCUCUUCUCAUUCGUUGCGAUAUGGGUGAGUCAGUAUGUUGAUAUACUGGCUGAUUCAAUAUUGAUGACGGUUACGCAUUCCUCAACACGUACGCUUUGAUACUCGCUUCUCGAUUCGAGACUCCUCUCAGUCACGAUUUCGAACAUAGCAAUUUUAUAUGAAACAUAAACUUCUUUAUACAAUCGUCGAACAAUACGUAGACAGUAUAUGCGAUUUAUUAUUAUAGAGUUGUACUACUAUGUACAGUUAUAACAAACAUUAUGAAGAAUCAUUGUUAUAAAUUAACGCACAAUAGUCAUCAGAGUAUGUGGCAACAGCCAGGCAGCUAAUUUGAAGAAUAGUAAAGGACAAAGAGAAAAAAACAAGACAAACUAUAAGUGAAAAUUUAUAUGGUAAAAAAAAAGAAACUGCAGAUUUAAAAUUUAUAAAUAUUUUUUCUUCCAAAUCGAUAUUGUUACUCCAACUUGCUGCAGUGCGUGCAGAUGAAUGCGUAGGAGAGAAAGAGAAAAAGAAAGAGAAAUGACAGUGGAUUAUUUAAGCGUUAGGUAAUUUUAUAAAUCCGUAUAAGCGAGAACGUCGUAAAACUGUUGCAGGUUUAGUUUGUCGGUUGGCAGAAAUGUGUGUGUUCGAUAUGAUACGAAUGGUACCUAAAUUUCACUAAAUCUAAUAUACACAGGGUGGAACGUUCAAAGAGCAAGUCACUCGACUUUUAUAUUUAAAGAUAUAGGGAAGAAUAUACUUCAAAGAAAAAAGUAUAUGUACAUAUACUGUUCUAUUAAAAGAAAGUUAACGAUCUUUAUAUAUUUGUUUGGAGGAGAAAAAGAGGGCACGUUUGAAAGUGCUCUUAAUUCUCAAGCAUAAAAGAGCUCGCGAUGACGUGUGUUUUGAACGGUUCAUUCUGCGUUAAUACUGGCCCGUUUGAAGAGUAUAUAAUUGACGUUUCUCGAUUUAUAUGCACCGUGUAUGUACACUAUUAUGGCGAACUGCAUAUCAAUAGAAGCUUCGGUAUAAAGUAAUAUAAAAUAUCGUGCGGUGGGCAGAUGUCGUAGGCGUUAAAAUGAUUCAACGUAAUGAUAGAUAUACGAAAGGGAAAAGCCAAAAAAAAGGAAAGAAAAGAAGGAACCCGAAGAAUAACGCGCAGAGUUCUGUCUGAGUUGUCACGUGAAUAUGAAUAAAAGUUUUCCCGUUUGUACGACCGUAA